AUGGUCGCGACCCGCGCGGGCGCGGGGUACGCCAUCGGCGCGCUCGCCGCGGCGACGGCGGCCCACCGCCCCCCUGCGGGCGUGCGCACUCUGGCCCACGUGUGCCACCUGCUGGUGCAGCCCGGCAGCGCGGUCCACUUGCAAGUGCAGGCGGCGCUCGGCGGCGGGUGCGGAUGCGCCUCUGACGCUGACAUCACCCUCGUGUACGAACUGCCGGGCGACGGCGGCGCCCGCGGCGGCGGCAGCCUGGACGGCACGCGCGCGGAUUGCAGGGAGUGUUAUGAGGGCGCGUCCGAGCGCGCUGGGGCCGCCGGCGCCGAGCUCCCCUCAAUGUGCUUCACCCCCGCGGGCGUCGCCGCCGGCGCCGCCCUCGUCGUGCGCGCGCGGCUGACCGACGCCGGCGAGCUGCCGGCCCGGGGCUGGCCGGUCGCGGGUGACGUGCUGUUCGGCGCCUCAGCGCGCUGGCGCGAUCCGGGACGCCUCGCCGCGGCCGAGGUCGCCGCCGGCGCCCUCUGCCGGCGCCCGCCGCUUUUUGGCGGCUACCUCGGCGGCGGUGGUGAUGAUGGCAGGGGUGGCGGCGGCGGCGGCGGUUGUGAUGGCAGGGGCGGGGGCGGCAGCAGCAGCAGCAGCAGCAGGGGCGGCGGCGGCGGCGGGAGCAGCAGCAGCGGUCGGGGCGGCGGCGGCGGCGGCGGCGGCGACAGCAACGCGGUGGUUGUGAGUGGCGACACGGACAGCAUCGGCCACCGCAUCGACGGCAUGGUCCUGUCCCCCUACCAUGGGGGCCAGCCCCCAUCCGCCCGCGAGGCCGAGCUCUACGCACUCUGGCGGGAUGUUUUAGAGCUCGUGUACACAGGCGCCGUGCGCGGCGCCUUCGCGGGCCCUCUCCUGGCCGAGUUCGAGGCCUCUGUCGCUUCUUGGACGAAGGACAGUUUCCUCAAGGACGCCCUGUGCCUGCACCGAGUGCUCAAAGCGCUCGCCGCGGGCGGGACGCCCGCCCACUUUGCCCGCCUGCCGUUCGCCGCCGUGCAGGCAACCCGCAAUUGCCCGGCGCCCUGCCGGUUUGCUGACAAAAAUGCGGGGCCGACGAUCCUGUCCUGGCUCGGCUCCGACGCCGGCAGGUCAUCGUCUGCGGCGCCGCUCGCGCAGUUCCGGCUGUGGUCCCUCGGGCUGUCGUACGCCGUGCGCUCCGGCAGCUGCGCGUUCCUGCGCGCCGCCGACGUCGCGCACGGCACCUCGUCGCUCGACCCUGCGCUCGUGCGCCCGUCCGUGGCGACGGGGCGCCGCGUGCCGCCGGGCCGGCCCUGCCUGAUGGGCGCCGCGCUGGGGACGCCGCGCGAGGUGCUCGCUGAGGCGCGCCUCUGCGCAAAUGUCGGCCGCAGCAUUAACGCGUUCCUGGACGAUUCAUGGUACGAUGUCGAGGCGAACCGCGCGGCCCUCAACUCGGCACGCGAACGCAGGGCAGGGGGCACGGCGUAG